AUGUCUCGCAGAUUUGAAGUUGAAGAAGUGCUCCAGCACCUCACGGAAGCUCAAAAAAUUGCUCUCACCGCAGAGUUUGGAAUUCCCAAAAUUCGUACUUCGGACGGCCCAAAUGGUAUCCGCGGUCAGAACCACUUCAAUAGUACUCCAACCGCAUGUAUCCCAUCAGGGACUGCCCUUGCGUCUACAUGGGACGGCGAACUUCUGUUCCAAGUCGGCGAGUUGCUGGACAAAGAAGCCCGAGCUAAAGGUGUGCACGUUAUCUUAGGACCGACAGCCAACAUCCAGCGCGUUCCUCUCGGCGGACGUGGGUUUGAGUCAUUUUCGGAAGACCCGUACCUAUCAGGUAUCCUUUCUGCUGCGUAUAUCAAUGGGUUUCAAAAGUCUGGUCUUGCUGCCACUAUGAAGCACUACGUUGGCAAUGACCAGGAGCACGAGCGAUUCAGCUCGAACUCAGUGAUUUCCCAGCGUGCUCUGCGUGAGAUUUAUCUCCGUCCGUUUGAGAUUGCGAUCAAAGAAUCCAAUCCCAAAGCUAUUAUGACAAGUUACAAUCGAGUCAAUGGAGUCCAUGUGAGCGAGGAUAAAUACUUGCUCACCGAAAUUCUCCAAAACCAGUGGGGUUAUCAAGGCCUCAUAAUGUCAGACUGGACAGGCACCUACUCCACUACAGGAGCAUUGCUGGCUGGCCUGGAUUUGGAAAUGCCCGGUCCGGGAAUAUGGAGAGGACCUAACCUAAGUAGGGCCUUGGUUGCUGGCAAGAUUUCGAAAGAGGUAUUGGACGAGCGCGCUCGUAAAGUGCUUCAGUUGGCAAACAGUGUCAUAGAUGCGGGUGUUGAGGAAGACAAGGCAGAAGAGCAGCGUGAUGUUUCUGAAACCAGAGCCUUUUUGAGGAAAUUAGCAGGCGAGGCCGUGGUGCUUUUGAAAAAUGAAGAUAGUGUGCUACCACUAAAGAAGGAAAAGACGUUGGUCAUUGGUCCCAAUGCUAUAUACACUGCCUACUCCGGUGGGGGGUCUGCUUUAGUAACGCCAUACUACACUGUGUCUCCAUUUGAUGCAAUCAGAGAAGAGAUUGGCCCAGAGAAUGUAUCGUUUCAGAUCGGAGCAUAUUCUCACAGAUAUAUGCCUUCUCUUGCUCGCUAUUUGAAACUAGACAAUGGAAGUACUGGUGUGCGCUUUCAGAUAUACAACGAGUCUUUUGAGGUCAAGGACCGGGACGCAGUUGAUGAUCUGAUCCUAAGAGACGUCAAUUAUUUCCGGAUGAAUGACUAUGUCAACCCGAAAUUGAAGUCAGGCACAUUUUAUUGUUGCCUCACAUCGAACUUCACUCCCGAAGUGGACGGAAUUUUCGAUUUUGGUGUCAGUGUUUACGGAACUGCGCUGCUGUUUUUGGACGAUCAGUUGAUCAUUGAUAAUUUGCACAACCAGAAAGCUGGCGAGUCGUUCUAUGGAAAAGGAACAGUUGAGGUCCGUGGAUCUUAUUUUGUGAAAGCCGGACAAAAGUACAAGCUACGUAUUGAGUUUGGCUCGUCCCCAACGAGUAUGCUUCACCAGUCGAAUCCUGUCUUUUUUGGAGCAGGAGGUCUGAUGUUUGGUGGUGCUCCGCGGAUAGACGAUGAUCAGGAGAUACAGAAGGCAGCAGAGGCAGCUCGUCAAGUCUCGCAAGUUAUUGUUGUUACAGGGCUGAACAAAGAAUGGGAAUCUGAGGGAUCAGACCGGAAGGACAUGAAACUCCCCGGUCACAACGAUCGUCUGAUUGAGUCUGUGCUGGAUGCAAAUCCAAACACUGUCGUGGUGAUUCAGGCUGGGACGCCAGUCGAAAUGCCCUGGGUGAGCAAAGCAAAGGCUCUGCUGUACACAUCAUACGGAGGAAACGAAACAGGCAACGGAAUUGCAGAUGUCAUUUUUGGAAAAAUCAACCCUGCUGGGAAGCUGCCCCUUACCUUCCCCAGACGUCUACAGGAUUGUCCUGGGUAUCUUAAUUUUGGGACAGAAAACGGCAGGGUGCUCUAUGGUGAGGAUGUUUACGUUGGCUACCGUUUUUACGACACAUUUAAAGUUCCCUCACUUUUCCCAUUUGGUUACGGUCUUAGCUACACAUCCUUUGCUCUGUCUGCUUUGAAAGUGGAAUACGAUGGCGUGCUGCAGGUUGACGUCUUGUUGGAAAAUACAGGUGAUCGUGCCGGUGCAGAGGUUGUUCAGGUCUACGUUCAUCAAAGCUGUCCGGCAAUUAAGCGGCCAUUCAAAGAGCUGAAAGGUUUCAGGAAGAUAUAUUUGGAAGCUGGAAGCUCGCAGAAAGUACACAUAUCCAUCGACGGCAAGUUUGCCACUUCUUACUGGAACGAAGCUUGCGAUAAAUGGAUUAUGGAGGCAGCGACGUACACUGUUUUUGUGGGAACGUCGAGCGAGGGAAAUUUCCUGGAAGAACAGUUUACUGUUUCCCAACCCCUUUUAUGGCUUGACAAACUUGUAUAG